CCCCAAAUCUUGUUUUCUGGGAAAACGCUCUGGGGACUGGCUGAGCUCUGCUUUUCACAGCAUCGCGGGAUGCUUUGGGUGCAGCUGCCACAGGAAUGUGCCCGGAGAGGGAGACUCCACGACCUCCGUGGCCAGCUGUUCCCUCAUGGAAGGAAGCUGUUCCCUCACGGAUGUGGGGUGCCUGCGGGAGCGUCGCUGGGAAGAAGCUGUGUCAUGUCCCUUCGCGGCUGCCCGCCAGGCCCUACAGCGGGGACACCCAAAAACGGCGGCACGGCGCUCCCGGCGUUGGGGAAUCCAGGGAAUGCCGCCGAUCCUCGGGGAAGAGCUGCUUGGCCUCGUUCUCCUUUAGUUCCCCGAGUCCCGUGGGACAUUAAGCCUCUCCCGGCGCCCCCCCCCCCCCUCCCGCUGCCCGCAGUGGUGCAGCCCGCUGGCGCGCGCCGAUUGCGUCGCCGCGCGUCGCCUGCGCCACCCGGAAGCGCUUUGGCGGCGGCGGCGGAAAAGCGGCGCGUGCGGCCGGUUCUCGUUUGUGGCUGGACCCGCCGCGGGGGCCCGCACGCGCCUCCCGCGGGGGCCUCCGCUCGCCGUCCCACGAUCGGCCCCCAUGGCGUUCAACUUCAGCGCCACGGCGGGAGCCGGGGCCGCCAACCCGACCGGUGCCUUCGGAGGUUUUGGGACCACCACCACCACCGCGGCACCGGCGUUCAGCUUCUCUGCUCCCACCAAUACCGGCACCAGCGGACUCUUUGGUGCUACCCAGAACAAAGGCUUUGGAUUUGGUACCAGUUUUGGCACAGGAACUACUGGAACUGGCUUGGGCAGUGGGUUGGGAACUGGGCUAGGCUUUGGAGGCUUUGGAACUCAGCAGCAGCAGCAGCAGACCACGUUAGGCACCGGGUUGUUCAAUCAGCCUGCCCAGACACCCGCUCAGUCCAACCAGCUCAUCAACACAGCCAGCGCCCUCUCGGCCCCGACACUGCUGGGAGAUGAGAGGGACGCCAUUCUGGCCAAAUGGAACCAGCUCCAGGCCUUCUGGGGCACGGGCAAAGGGUACUUCAACAACAACAUCGCUCCGGUGGAGUUCACGCAGGAAAAUCCCUUCUGCAGGUUUAAGGCUGUGGGUUACAGUUUAAUGCCCAACAACAAAGAUGAAGAUGGCCUUGUGGUCUUGGUGUUUAACAGAAAAGAAGCAGAUAUUCGAAGCCAGCAGCAGCAGCUCGUAGAAUCACUACACAAAAUUUUGGGAGGAAACCAGACCCUCACUGUCAAUGUCGAAGGUGUUAAAACGAUGCCUGAUGACCAGACAGAAGUGAUAAUUUACAUAGUGGAGCGCUCGCCCAACGGCACCUCGAGGAGAGUUCCCGCAACGACCCUCUACGCCCACUUUGAGCAAGCCAACAUCAAAUCAUCCCUGCAGCAGCUGGGGGUCAGCCUGUCCAUGGCCAGGACAGAGCUGUCCCCGGCACAAGUCAAGCAGCUCCUGCAGAACCCUCCUGCUGGUGUUGAUCCAAUUAUAUGGGAACAAGCCAAAGUUGAUAAUCCUGAUCCUGAUAAACUUAUUCCUGUGCCAAUGGUGGGUUUCAAGGAACUGCUGAGAAGAUUGAAGGUCCAGGAUCAGAUGACCAAACAGCAUCAAACUCGAUUAGAUAUAAUAUCAGAAGAUAUCAGUGAGCUGCAGAAAAACCAAACGACAACUAUGGCAAAAAUUGCACAGUACAAAAGGAAACUGAUGGCGCUUUCGCACAGAACUUUGCAGGUGCUAAUAAAGCAGGAGAUCCAAAGGAAAAGUGGUUAUGCCAUUCAAGCAGAUGAGGAGCAGCUUCGCGUACAGUUGGACACAAUUCAGUGUGAACUUAAUGCACCCACGCAGUUCAAGGGCAGGCUGAAUGAGCUCAUGUCCCAGAUCAGGAUGCAGAACCACUUUGGAGCAGUGCGGGCUGAAGAGCGCUAUUACAUAGAUGCAGACCUCUUAAGGGAAAUCAAGCAACACCUGAAGCAGCAGCAAGAAGGGCUGAGUCACCUAAUCAGCAUCAUCAAGGAUGACUUGGAGGACAUCAAGCUAAUAGAACACGGGCUGAAUGAGAGCAUUCCCAUCCGAGGGGGAGUCUUCAGUUGACUGGUGGAGGUUUACACAGAACGUGGUAGUGGAGUUCAUGGCUCACCUUCCAAGGCUAAAACUGUUGAGGUAAAAUAAAAUACAUAUCUUGUAGGAGCAAAAUGGUAUUUUGUCUGUUACUUUUAGAAUUAGGAAAGCCUCUUCUAAGCUUUUAAAAUUGACCUUUGGAAGGUUUCUAUUUUAUAAAGCUGUAUAUGCUUUAACAAAAGAAGGAAAACUGAAUCUGUUCAGAUACCAUUUUACUAUAAAACUAUAUGUACUAUUGUACAUUUUUUCCUUUUUUCUUCUUUUUUUACAACAGCAUUGUCCUAAAAAAUGCAGUGCUGAGGGGAUUGUUUCACUAAUGACUCGUGGAAAGCUUAGCCUGCUUCCAUGUUUCUGUUAGAACAAUCAAGUAGCACCAUUGUGUAAACAGCUAACCUAAAUCAUUACAGAGAUGUUUGUCGCUGUAACUAUGUUGUUCUCUGCAAUACCAGUCGAUUACUGGGGCAAGCUACAGAAAGUUCAUGUUUCCAGUUUCUGUCCUUCCUUUGGACUGCAAGGAUCUAAUGGUUAUGUUUUGAUCACUUUAUAUAUAUGAAUUAUACAAAGCUUUGCUGCCCCUCUAAGUAACAAUGUGUCUGGACGUUGUCUUCUGCCUUUUUUUAAAUUGCCCAAGAGUAAUAAAUUCAGUCUGACUUUG